AUGAGCUACCAGCACCAGUUUGUGUGCUGUCUUUUUGAAGCGAAGCUCAGUUGUGUGGCUAUUGUGGAGGUCAACAAGGCCUGCACCAAAACCAGAGGUCCAAGACUGUCCGUGAGAGCCAGAGCUGCAAUGCCUCUUGACACCAGCAAUCAAACACACGUCACGGAGUUCAUCUUCCUGGCAUUUUCCAACCACCCCGAGCUCCAGGGCUUGUUCUUCCUGGUCUUCCUGGCCCUUUACCUGACGGCGGUCCUGGGGAACGCGGCCAUCAUCCUGGCGCUCCGGGCCAGCCCCGCGCUCCACACCCCCAUGUACUUCUUCCUCGGCAACCUGAGCUUCCUGGACCUCUGCUACACGUCCACCACCAUGCCCGUCACGCUGGUGAACUUCUUCCGACGGGAGAAAACCAUCUCCUACGACGGCUGCCUGGCCCAGAUCUUCUUCUUCGUGGCCUGCGCAGGCACAGAAAGUGUCUUGCUGGCUGCCAUGGCCUAUGACCGCUGGGUGGCCAUCUGCCGGCCCCUCCGGUACCCAGUGCUCAUGAGCAUGCGCGUCUGCCUGUGCCUGGUGGCUGGGUCCUGGCUGUGUGGGUUGGUGAACUCGGCGACACACACAGCACUGACCACCACGCUCACGCUGUGCGGUCCCAACCACAUCAGCCACUUCCUCUGUGACAUCCCGCUGCUCCUGAAGCUGUCCUGCUCCGACCCCACGCUCAACGAGUCUGUGCUGCAUGUGGCCAGCGCCACCAUCGGCCUGAGCCCCUGUCUCUUCACCGCGGGCUCCUACGUGCUCAUCCUGUCGGCCAUCCUCAAGAUCCCCUCUGCUCAGGGCAGGAGCAAGGCCUUCUCCACCUGCGCCUCCCACCUCACCGUGGUGGUGGUCUUCUAUGGAAUGGCCAACUUCAAUUAUGACAGGCCCAAAGAGGGCUACUCCCUGGACAUGGACAUCCUGGUCUCUGUGCUCUUCUGCGUGGUGACCCCCAUGUUGAACCCCGUCAUCUACAGCCUGAGGAACAAGGAGGUCAAGGGUGCCUUGAGGAAGCUUGCUGGAGAGUGCGCAUGCAUCUAG